CGGCGUUUUCUUUCUUCAUGCAUGUUGGAUACAUUAUUUAUUUCUCUGCCUUGCGGUGUCGACUAUUCCGCGAAGAUGGAAAUCCCCAAGGAUGUGGUGAAGUCAUUGAUUGGGCUUCUGCCCCUAUUACAACUUUUUUAUUUUUUCUCAAAGCGAGACUUCGACCAUUCGAAAUUCGAGUCCCUUGCUCCUCCUUUCCAGCGGUGGUCCGAGGAGGGAAUAUCACGUAUAGGAACUAGGGGCCUGUCUACAACUCUUCUAGGAGUUCUGCCCUUAGCCUCUGAGAUUAUUAACGUCGCCCAAGUCCUUGGAAUAUGGCGAGCAUACGAGACUUGCUGUUGCCUGUCGACAACAAGGAUGACACAAAGGUGGUAGUGAAAAAGGAGGACGAAGCCGCCGGGAAGACCGAUAUUAUACCCACCGAGACGACGCGGUUCCUUGUGGAAUUCAUCUUGGAUGUGAUCUGUCCUUAUUGUUACAUCGGGUUUAAAAAUCUAAAGACUGCUAUCGAGACUUAUAAAGCCCGUCAUCCAAAUACAAAUUUCGAGAUAGUCUGUACUCCAUUUCUGCUUCACCCUUUAGCAGCUCGUAGUGCAUACGAUAAAUCCGACUACCUAAUCGCAGGUACCCGAGGCCCCGCGUAUUGGGUCGGCCCCGGAGAGGCAGCCGGUAUAAACUUCACCUGGGCCGGGCGCACGGGAAGCACCCGGGACGCGCACAAACUCCUCCGUUUCGCGCUGGAGAGCGCGCCUACAACGACCCGCGGAGCAGCACACAAUAGACGGGGGACAUCAGCGCCACCAUCACCACCGUCAUCAUCACACGCCGGCACUCGCUGCUCACCAGCAUCAUCACCGUCCGCCACGAACGGCAACAACAACAACACUCCAGCCCGGGGCCCAGCCCUGCAGCUCCGCCUCCUAGAAGCGCUUUUCCACGCGCACCACGAAUCCGACGGCGAUAUAUCGGACCCCUCGUUUCUCGCCGAGACCGCGUCUGCCGCGACGGGAUUCGCGACUGCCCAGAUGCGUGCCGUUAUCGAGGACGCGGGCGAAGUGUGGGGCCGCGCGGUGAGUGCUUUGGUCGCGGAGGUGUCGUCGCCGCGGGGGCUCGCGGUGCGUGCCGUGCCUACGUUUGUGGUCAAUGAUCAUUAUGUGAUUGGCGGGGUGCAGAGCGUGGGGUUUCUGGUCGAUGAGUUUGAGAGGAUACGGAGGGGCGGAGGGAGGUAGGUAGAAGGGUACUUAGGGGUCACCACCUCUCCUCUUAGCCCUUUCCACCCUCGAAUUAAGGGGAGUCAGUCCGAGACCGCCUAACCUCGAAGUUCAACUAGUCGAAAAUAGCUGCAGUUGGAAGUUUGUAAACGGUAUUUAGGAAAAUGAGAU